AUAUCUUAAGUUUUUUUUAGUACUUCUUCAUUAUUGUAAAUACAUUCGUACUAAACUAUAAAAUAAGUAGCAAUUAAAAGUGUUAUUAGUACGUAAAGACUAAUCAUGGUCCACAAUGGAUUUCAAUGAACCUUCCACCAGCCGCGGUGUACGUAGAAGUGAUCUUACCGUUGCAGAAUUAAGAAGGAUGUGGAAUAUAACAAAAGUUGUUCAGACAUUUAGCACUAGGGAGCAAUGCAUUGCCUUUGCGGAACAAGAGGGCUUAAUUUUGAGCAAUAAAUUGUGCCGCAAGCACAAAACACCCAUGAUCCCCACUCUAUUGGGGAAUAAUACGGUGGGAUCUUUUAGAUGCCGUAGAGGUAGUUGCCGUUCGCUGGCCGCAAUAUCGAGGGCCAAAGGCACUUGGUUUGAAAAUGCAAGGAUACCAUUGCCUCAGAUUUUUUAUCUGAUGUUCGCAUACGCUUCUCACUGGUGUCAGACUGAAGUCAGAAAAAACAGCUUUAUAGCUAUUUUGUCAACAGCCACCAUAUGCGAUUGGUACAGCUACUGUCGAGAAGCCGUUGUGUUGUAUCAAGUAGAUCAGGAAGAGGCUGUGGGGAAAAUUGGUGGUCCCGAAAAAAUAGUACAAAUAGAUGAAAGCAAGUUUGGAAAACGAAAAUACAAUAAAGGUAGAAGAGGUGAAGGUCACUGGGUACUGGGCAUGGUAGAGGAUGGGAGCGAGGACUUGAGAUUGGCAGUGUGUCCCGAGAACAUAAGAUCUGCUGAGGUGCUCAUACCUAUUAUCAAGAAGCACGUGGCGGAAGGGUCAAUUAUAUGUACCGACUUUUGGAGGGCAUAUAAUUGCCUUUCCGAUCAUGGGUAUGAGCACCGAAGGGUCAAUCAUAGUGAUCCGGAUAAUCCCUUUGUCGCCCCAGACGGGACACACACUCAAAGGAUUGAGUCACAGUGGCGUGUCAUAAAACGAUACUUUUUAAAGGACAAUUACGCGAACCAACAAAAUUUUACAGAUUUAAUUAUUGAAUAUCUGUGGCGUAAAACUAUACGCAGAAACCACGAAGACCCAUUCGAAAUGCUUUUACAAGCUAUUAAGCAUACAUACCAACCAUAAAUUUGUUUUUGGUUUUAUUUAUGACAAAAUAUUUUUUAUAUUAAAAUUUUUUCAGGUAUUUGGGGUACAAUGUUCUUGCUUAUUUUCUUUUGUUGACUACUAGGCAGAUAUGGCAAUACCAUUUAUUUGCUAGUAUGCAACCCUAUUCUUGUGAAAAUGCUGUGAAUUUAACUAAAAUUAAAUAAUUAAAAUAAAGCUUUAUUUGCAAUAAAUAUUAAAGAAAUUUAUAUACAAAAACGUUAAAGUGAAGUGUUAGUAAGUGAAAAGUGCAUAAUAUAAGUGAAAAAGUUAUUCACAAUAAGCAAAUUAUCAAUAUAAAAGUUGCUAAUUUUUCAUCUUUAAAUGCAAAUAUCUUAAAAACUAUAAGUCAGCGGCAACUAAAUGUAUAUAUUUUCGUGAUCUGAAGAACGCCACCUUUCCAGUGACACCCAUUUUAUCCCCGAAAUUCGGGGAUGCUAAUCUAAAUUUUACCCAAAUUUUUUCACAUAUUUUACUUUGUAUAUUUAAAUACACACUCUAAGCUUUGAAAUAAGCUUACAUUUCACUUUUAUUUUGCUAUAUUUUACCUAAAUUUAUUAAUUUAAAAAUCACUUAGCACACUCUUCGUUGAAAAGGUUAGAUUGUUUACAAUUAUGAGGAAAACGAGCCUUGCCACAUCUUAAACAGUAAAUAUGUAGGAUUUUUAAAAUUUUUUCUUUGUUUGGUUUAUCGCGUGAUUCUUUUUUCUAUAUUAACUAUCAAAAAAUACUUUCGGGAAGAAUUUAGGGUAAAGGUUCAGGAGAGCGGCUUUUCCGAAAACGUGCACCAAUUUUCACGGGAAAUGUCUUAAAAUUCGUGUUUUUAAUUCCAAUUUACGAAUAUAUACGGCGCGUUAUCUAUUUUUAUGUUUUUUUGUAGUAAAAACAAAAAGAAAAAUUACGAUUUUGCACGAUAUUUACGCUAUAAAUGGAAUCACUGUUCGAAAUUCAAUUGGAUACUAGUGCUUGUAUAGCAGCGAUCGGUUUCGAAAUAUCGAUACUCUCGAUAUUAGAGACUAAACAAGAUUUGAUAAAAAUGAGAGAAACAUAAUAAAAAAAUAAUAAUAGUUGGAAAAAUAGAAAGAAAUUAAAAUAUCGAUAUUCUCAAUAUUCGAGUCUGAACGAGAAUUGGUAAAAAUGAGAAAUACGUAAUAGGAAAAUAAUAAUAAUUGGAAAAAUAAAAUGAAAUUAAAGUAUCGAUAUUCUCAAUAUUCGGGUUUGAAAGAGAAUUGGUAAAAAUGAGAAAUACAUGAUAGAAAAAUUUAUAAUUCAUUAUUAUUGCAGAAAGAAGAAGAAGUUGGACACAGAAGAAUUAUGAACGCCGAGGUGUUGGACCUCAUUUUUACCAAUUCUCUUUCAAACUCAAAUAUCGAGAGUAUCGAUAAUUCGAAAACGAUCAGUGCAUAAAUCAAUAGAUUCGAAUUUACAACAGCGAUGCCAUAAUUUCGAACAUAACCUUG